AUGUCCGACGUGGAAGUGGAUCCACAGCAGCCACAUCCGGUGGUUGCCAUUGCCCCGAGAAGGCGCCGCCAGGGCGGUCGACGAGGAGGAGGCUGUCUGGCCAUGCAGUCAUCCUCGCAAGAGGCAUCUUCACCGUCACCCCGAUUCUGUCCGCUUUCGGAAGGUGUCGAGGACAACUGGACGUGGAGUAAGCGCCAUCGCUCCAAGGAGGUAGUGCUCAGCGGACCCAAUUCGCGGACCGUGCACUUCCAUCCAAACUGGAGCAAAGGAACCGCCGGCGUUCAGGGCAAACGAUCCCUGAACAACGGGCGCUACUACUGGGAGCUACAUGUUUCACAGAGGGUCUUUGGCACAUCGAUUAUGUUUGGGAUCGGGACCAAAUCCGCCAGACUACAUGCCAACGCCUUCCGGAACAUGCUGGGCGAGAACGAGCACGGUUGGGGCCUGUCGCACAAGGGCGUUCUUUGGCACAAAGGCGUGGCUUUGCUCUAUACCAAGCGUUUCCGCGAGAACCAUCCCACCCAGAUAGGAGUACUCUUCGAUGGCAUAGAGGGCACCCUCACCUACUACAAGGAUGGCAAAUGCCUGGGCGUUGCAUUCCGGGGAUUGGAUCAGAUUGAUGAACCCCUAUAUCCCAUCGUGUGCUCUACGGCUGCCAAGACAGAGAUGACCCUGAAAUGUACCCGGAGGGAGUUCGUCAGCCUGCAGGACCGCUGCCGUGCCGUAAUAAUGCGACGGGUAAGAAGCGCAGCGCAGCUGGAAAAGCUGAAGCUACCGUUGCCCAUCAGCGAUUAUUUGGGGGAGGUGAUCGAUGAGAUGGAGCCACUCCGUCAGGUUAAUCAACUGGAGAUGUGCAUAAUGAAUUAUGAUUUGUAAGAGGCCCGUGAAUCUUUUUUGUGCCAUCACAAUUGGAGUGCACUCAGCAUUCGAAACGAUGCAGUGCCUCUGGGACAUGUAAAUUUAACGUAGUAAUUGUAAAGAGUGCUUUGUGAACCGUAUUGUUAAGUAUUUAUCUGAAAUUAUCAAGUGUCGAUAAUACGA